AUUUGAUGAAUGCUUUCAAUGGGAGUUACAGUUUGUGUGUCGAUGUGUGUCAAGAAUUGGCCGAAAAGUGAUUCACUAAUUAUUCUGUGGUUUGAGUGUUGAGUGAAAUAUUGAAUUGAAUUGAAAGUGAGAUAAUUGUAUGAAUUGAUUGAAUCUCUUAAGUGUUUAAUUGAUUGCAAUUAUAGUUAUAGUGAAGAUGUCAUCACUUCUGUGCCGAAACACCAGACAAUGUCUGUAUUAUUACCCCAUUGGAGUGAGAACCACUCAAACAAUGGCUGAAACCAAGAAUAAGCAGAAACUGAAGAAGUUCUCAAUCUAUCGAUGGGAUCCCGAGAAGUCUUCAGUGAAACCACAUUUACAGACAUAUGAUGUGGACCUCAAUUCAUGCGGUCCAAUGGUUUUGGACGCAUUGAUUAAAAUCAAGAAUGAAAUGGACCCGACCCUCACAUUCAGGCGCUCGUGCAGGGAAGGCAUAUGUGGCUCAUGUGCUAUGAAUAUCGGCGGCACUAAUACAUUGGCCUGUAUUUGCAAAAUUGAUGACAACGUCAGUAAUGCCACCAAAAUCUAUCCGUUGCCGCACUUAUAUGUCAUCAAAGACUUAGUUCCCGAUAUGAAUCACUUCUACCAACAAUACCGUUCCAUUGAGCCGUGGCUUCAGAAGAAGGACGAGACCAAAGGGGCGAACAAACAGAACCUCCAGAGUAUCAAAGACAGGGACAAAUUGGACGGUCUCUAUGAAUGCAUUCUCUGCGCCUGUUGCUCGACGUCGUGUCCGAGCUAUUGGUGGAAUAGUGACCGCUAUUUGGGUCCGGCGGCCCUCAUGCAGGCCUACCGGUGGGUCAUUGACUCGCGCGACGAGAACACAGCCGAGCGCUUGGAGAAACUGAAGGAUCCCUUUUCGUUGUAUCGGUGCCACACAAUCAUGAACUGCACCCGAACCUGUCCUAAACACCUCAAUCCGGGUAAAGCCAUCGGAGAGCUCAAGAAGUUGACCUCCGGUUGGGCUCACAAACCCAAGCCCGACAUGAGUGGUCAGGCGUGAGCACUGGUCCACACUUACAGUAUUAGUGGUAUUAAGUAUACGAAUAAGUCUUAAAUUACAAAUAAUGUAAGAUUUAUUAGUUUUAGAUAAGAAUUCACUUAAUUUAUUGAAAAAUAAAUUUAAAAUUUAAAUUUUAAGAGUGAAUAACCGGACAAUGAAUUGCCUUUAAUAUGCAAUAAAAAUGCGAAUUUGGACGACAAGA